GUGUGUGUGUCAGACGUGGGAACAGUUUUUCGUCAUCGCUCAUGGAUGCUGAAGAUGCUGCGUAAACUCAAGCCUUUGGACCCAUUGCUGGACGCAGCCAAAGAUGAGGAGGAAUGCGAAGGUGAGAUUGAGCCAGCAACGUCUCGAACACCAGCACUGAGGAAGAGGCGCAGUGCCGUUUGCAAGCCUGCGCGCAAGACACUGAAUGCCAGGAGGCGUGUGGCCAGGUUUGUCACCAAAGAUGGUGGGGAACCUGAACGACGCCAUGUUGCUGUAGCUGGGCGUCCAUUGGCACGUCAAGUUGAUGAUGCCCUGAAAUGCAAGGCUGAUAGGCUACUUCUAACAUCCAGCGGCUUGGGGAAUGGAGAGAAGGAGGUAGUGUCGAAGAGCAUCACCAUCGAAGCCACGCCAGGGCUGCCCUUGCCCGCGAUCCUCAAUUGUGGGCUGGCGACACGUCAGCCAGGUCGAGGACCUCAAACAGUUCUGACGCUGCGCCGUGUACGUCUCCAACGUCCAGACCAGUCCCAGCCACUCUUGGAGGUUGGUGCUGGAACAGCUUGCGAGCUGUACGACUGCUUUGUUGAAGGGGGCAUAAAGCUGUGUGAAGGCGCCCGAGCCAAGCUGAUUCGGACACAAAUCCAAGGAUUUGGUGGAGCAGGCAUUUCAGGACGUGCCUUCAAUUGCUUGUCGCUAUUAGCGUGCACAAUCAGCGAUUGUGCCGAUGAUGGGCUUUUACUCCGACAUGGCAAGGCAGAUGUUGUCGACUGCACCAUCAACAACUCUGGGCAAAGCGGCCUCGUUUUUGGACCAGGGCAGUGGCAGUUGAUGGGCAGCACCGUGUCGGGAAGUGGUCAAUAUGGGCUGUGGGCUGAAGCCGAUGCAAUGGUUUCAUGUCGAGACAAUGUCUUCGCUGACAAUGCUCUUGGUGACACAGGUGGUCGUGGAGUGCUAAAGGGCUGGCGUGCAGGAUUUGGGCUUUUGCCUGACAGCCAAUGCCGCGUAUGGUGCGAGCAGCGUGCAAAAUGGCUACCUGGGCGAGUUGUCGCUGUGACAGACCAGGUUGCAGUAGCAGUAGCGAAGCGAUUUCGCAAAGCAAAGCUUGGAGAGGAAAGCAAGGUUCCACCCUCGGAACCAACGCGCGAAGGUCAGAGUGAGCAAACUGGAACAGCUGUGCCCGAUCCUGCUUGUGAGAGGCACAUACCGGCACCAUUUGAAGGAGUUCUUCCCUUGCGAAGUGGUGGGGAUGCGCCACCGGCCUAUUCUCCGAAGGCAAAGCUUCCAAGAUCUAGUGCUUACAAGCUGUUCUUGGCGGAAGGAGGUGCAGGUCGAAAAGGCUGGCACCUCCUGCCUCCAGACUUGAAGGCCCGAUACCGUGCACAUCAAUCCAAACUCCGGCGGAGAAUCGUGACCCAAUCACCGGCGGCAGCAGCUCGCUCCAAAGCAGUGGCGAUCUUGAAGCGGCGCUUCGCACCAACUUGGCUAGGCAGGUGGAAGCCUUUUUGCUGCAUCCAUUGCGGAGACGGCAAGCCUUUUUGGGUAGCCCAAAGAACUUGGAUAACCAAGGUCGCUGUCACGUCGAGCUGGCAAGAUGUCCGAUGAAAAAGGG